UCAAUAGGUAAUAUUCCAAUAGAUACUUUUAGUGCAUUAACAAGCUCAAUGAUGAGUACACCAGUUAGUACAUUACAAAGUACUGACAGUAAUACACUAAUACUAGCAGGAAGUAUUAGUACAGUAUUUAUAUUACUGGUAGUUACUAUACUAGUAAUAUUAAUAGUGAGUGUAUUAGUGUGUAGGAGAAGAUUGUAUAAAACAUCAAAUGGAAAUGAUACUUUCAGUUCUGAUGAAAGAAAAGCUGAUAUAAAUCAACAAUCAGAUGUGCUAAAAAUGGAUGGAGGACAGAAUAUAUUAUUAGCAUCAACAAAUCCUGCUUAUGGAGUAAUUGGGGAACAAGAAAACUGUAAUACUGAUGUAUCUGCUAAUCCUGCUUAUGGUAUUGCUGGAAGAUCUGGUGUCUCUGCUAAUCCUGCUUAUGGUGUUAACACUGAAGGAAUAGAAAAUAUUGAUCAAGUAUAUGAUGAACCAAGAACAAUGAUGCAUAAUGAACAAGAGGAUAUUAUAGUAACAGAUGAGGCACAUCAACAAUUGAAAGAAGAAGAAGAAGAACUGUACAUAUAACAGGAACAAUGUUAAUGACAUAAAUAUAUCAAUACUCACCUCUUUUUAGAUCAGUUAUAAUAGCUGUUAAUUUUGAUUUCAUGAUUAGAAAGUAAUAAACUAA